ACAGGUAUUUGGGAAACUUGAUGGGCACCCUGCGGCUGGACACGGGAGUCGCUCCUGGCCUUCUGCGCAUGUGCGCUGCGCCGCUCCCGUCUAGUUCGCGUAGGCGGCCGCGGCCUCGCGAGAAAACCGUCCCUGAUGCUUCCGCGGUGAGAGCACGGCCUCAGGUGGUGAGUGAGCAGCCAGUGAGCCCCGGGGGCUUGGGCGUAGGUGACCCUUUAAAUGGGAGGUUCCCCGCGGAGAGGCGAUUGACGGAGGAAGAGGCUUUGGUACUUGAGCUCGGGGUGAGUCCUCCUCCGUCUUCAUGCAUCGAAUGCGAACCAGCACGUCCCAGCGCUUGUUACCGAGCGAAGCUUGGUGUUUUCAUCUCCGACGUGAGGGCUCGGCAGAGGCCUCGCUGUACCCUCAUGGUUAUCCACACUCUUCAGGGCCAGCAGAAGAUGAUCACAUCCCAGGGAUCAUUGUCAUUUAGGGAUGUGACUGUGGGCUUUACCCAGGAGGAGUGGCAGCACCUGGACCCUGCUCAGAGGACCCUGUACAGGGAUGUGAUGCUGGAAAACUAUAGCCACCUUGUCUUAGUGGGGUAUUCCAUCCCUGAAACAGAAAGUGAUCCUCAAGUUGGAGCAAGGAGAGGAGCCGUGGAUAUUAGAGGAAGAGUUCCUGAGCCAGAAUGACCAGAUGCUUCUGCAGACACACGUGCAUCAGAAUUGUCUGGGCCCAAGUCUAGUUUUGAAUGUGCAUGCCACAGUUUGAGAAUCUACGGGAAAUUCUGGGUGCAAACUUCCCAGAGUUGGUGAACUUGUCCCAGAGUUAUACAGCUAUGAAAUGAAGAAGCUGCUAUUGGAAUAAGGACCCUUAGACUUCAAAGCCUAUGUCGAUUCCUCUAGUCCAAGUUUCUAACUGCCAAGGACCAUCACAGAGCUCUCACUAAACCACUCUAUCAAUCUUCAGCAACACUGAGCUUAUUAAUGAACUCAUACCUUCAAAGCCUUAAGAUGCUGCGUGAUUUCCCUUAAUUUCUUUCUGGAAGAGAUUUAUCCGAUUGGUCUUUUAGGUCCCUCUUCCCCUUUAAUCACUAGUACUGCUUUUGCUUACUUACACUCCAACCCCCAUGCCUUGCCUUCCCUCCCACCCACCCCUCAGUCUUUCUCUUUGGCCAGCUUAAGAGAAGGGAUUUCCAGUAUCAAGUUCUGGCAAGUUUAAAAUAAAAAUUGAAGAUGCAGUGCAGAGCCUUGGGACAAAUU